UUGAAUUCAAGCCGAUUGCCCACUGUAUUGUUGUCUAACUUGCCAGCACAAAAAUUGUAAAGUCUUUCUCAAAUCUCAUAAAAUAAAAAAUUUGAAUUAAAGUGUUUCUCAAAUCUAAAAAAAUUGGGGAUUUGAACUGGAUCUGGCAAAAAAUUGAGGCAAGAGAGGAGGCCAAUCUUUUCUGAAAAAACUUUUGAAAGGCAUUUUUUUUUCUGGAGGCCAAUUUUUGGAGGAAGAAGGCAAUGCCAAAAUUCCAACAAGCCAUUGCCUCCACCGGCAACCAUGUGUACCACCAUACCUUCCCGCCUUAAACCGUCACCACCAUCCCAUUCCCUUUCCUUUGCCAGCCGGUCACCAACUCAACCCCACCGAUCUCCCAACUACACCCCCCCCAGGAACAGCUCCCAUCUCCCACCUACCCGCCACCCACAGCCCUACUGAGAUAGCCAUCGAAACUGCCAACAAAUAAAUAGCAACUGUCACAGCCAAAAACAAAAAAUCAAAAAACCAAGCCAACAAAGCCAAAAAAAAAAAAAAUUGCAAACAACCACAGUCCUCUAUUGAGGAAUCCAUCGGAAAAAAAAAAAAGAAACAGAAAAGGGCUUUCGGUCAUGGGAUUUUUUUUUUAUGAGUUAUUUGGGAGAGUAUUUUUAAGAUUUUGGGAAAGGAGAGAAAAGAGCUAUUUUUUUGGGCGGUGGCAGCGACGGCAGCGUAUGGAGGUCAGCGGGGGCGAGGAGACUUUUGGAUGAUCUGAACCGGUAGAAAGGAAGGAUGGAAGGGGAGAAACAACAUACUUUGGUUUCAGGACGACCGGACGGCGAGAAGAGGGUGAACGGCGGUUUAACGGGUUAAAGUUUCAGAUCUAAGCUAUUAUGAGGUGAUUUGCGAAAAACAGAGGCUGAAUCUGAGACAAGAAGGAAGAGAGGAGUCCACGGCUGAAAUUUUGGAGUCAACUGACGCCGAACGGCAGCCGGGUCGGCUACCGUCGCCGGGAUCUGGGUUGGCCGGGUGUGUCUUUUGUGGAGAGAAAAUGUUGUAUUUGAUACAAAAAACGAAAAACUCAGAUAUUAUGAGCUGGAAUGAGUUUGGUGUCUGGGAGAUCUUUUGGCCUAAUAAUGCUAACGGUUCACCACCAAUUCCCCAUGGUUCUCAAGUGAAGGAGCCAAUAAUUAGCACAUAUGCCAACUUUAGAGAUGAUGUGCUUCCCCACAUUAAAAGACUUGGAUAUAAUGCUGUUCAAAUCAUGGCUAUUCAAGAGCACUCGUAUUAUGCUAGAUUUGAGUAUCAUGUGACAAACUUCUUUACACCAAGUAGCUGUUUUGGAACCCCUGAUGAUCUUAAGUCACUGAUAGAUAGGGCUCACCAAUUGGGUCUACUUGUUCUUAUGGAUAUUGUGCACAGCCAUGCAUCUAAUAAUGUGUUAGAUGGAUUGAACAUGUUUGAUGGAACCAAUGCUCAUUACUUCCACUCAGGGUCAAAGGGUCACCAUUGGAUGUGGGAUUCUUGCCUUUUUAAUUAUGGAAGCUGGGAAGUACAAAGGUUUCUUCUUUCAAAUGCAAGAUGGUGGCUGGAAGAAUACAAGUUUGAUAGGUUCAGAUUUGAUGUUGUGACUUCAAUGAUGUACACCCAUCAUGGGUUGCAGAUUCAUAUGGAAACUCCAUCUGGGAUUAAGGACUCCAUUCUUGCUUGGAUCAAGUUCUCUGUUCAAGCACCAGGUGAAAUCCCAUACAAUGGAAUAUACUAUGAUCUACCAGAAGAGGAAAAGUUUGUAUACAAACACCCCCAGCCAAAAGGACCAAAAUCACCUAAGUCUAUGAAUCACAUGUUGGAAUGGGUAGCAUGGUAUCAUGUGACAAACUUCUUUGCACCAAGCAGUCGUUUUGGAACCCUUGAUGAUCUUAAGUCACUGAUAGAUAGGACGAGUUGAGUCUACUUGUUCUUAAGGAUAUUGUGCACAGCCAUGCAUCUAAUAAUGUGUUAGAUGGAUUGAACAUGUAUGAUGGAACUGAUGCUCAUUACUUCCACUCGGGGUCAAGAGGUCACCACUGGAUGUGGGAUUCUCACCAUUUUAUUUAUGGAAGCUGGGAAUUAUGUACAAAGGGUUCUUCUUUCAAAUGCAAGAUGGUGGCUAGAAGAAUACAAGUUUGAUGGGUUCAAAUUUGAUGUUGUGACUUCAAUGAUGUACCCCUAUCAUGGGUUGCAGGUAGCAUUUAUUGGAAACUACAAUGAGUACUUUGGUUAUGCAACUGAUGUAGAUGCUGGUUAAUUAUAUGAUUCAUGGAGUUUAUCCUGAGGCUGUCACCAUUAGUGAAGAUAAUUAUGAUGUGUGCUUUAAGUUCCCUGUCUCUUCUACAACAACAUUUGUUGCACUGGGUUGCAUAAAUGGGAUGGGGUUUCAAUACUUUUUUACGUGAUCCAUGAGGAUGUUAAGUGUAGAAAUGGUUUUGAAAAAGUUUGCACACAUGUACUUAUGUUUGCGUAAUCCUACCAAACAUUUGUGUAUUGUACAUGUUUUUCUAAUUCUCUACUGCUUCAUCACUUCUCGUCAUGCAUCAAUUGAAUCCCUAUGCCAUGAAUAAGUAGGUUACUGUGCUAGUAGUUAAGUGUUUUGGUAUUGUAGAAUGAACUAAAAAAUUGUUAAAAAUGCUUGUUGUAAAUUGAACUAAUUUUUAUUGUACACCAAGAGUUAUGGAAACAUAACAACUAAAGAUGCCAAAAAUGAAAAUUCCAAAAACACUUGAAGUGAACAACCAAGAAUCUCUAGAAAUCUUAAAAUAUCCUUGCUUUUCAUGUAUUUCAUCUUUUGUGCAAAUAAGUCACCAAAAAAGCUAUUAGCACAACAAAAGGUAAUUUAUGUUUUACACUUUAGAAAUAUUAGCAUAGUAAAGAACAUUUAAUUGAUAAAAUGUUUAUAUUGGAGUGAUUUAGUUGCAGAUUUUCAUAUAUUAUUUGCAAAAAUAACAUUCUAUAAGUUCUAUGAACAUUGAAGAGGAAAAUAAAAAAUAGUUGAAGGUAGACUUCCACCAUCUUAAAUUGUUUUCUGUCAUAAUAAUCAAUAAAAUAGUCAGUAAAACCAAUAAAGGAUAAUACUUAGAGGAAUGUAAUCGAGAUGAGCAAUUCUUUUUGGGAAAAUGUCAAUAUUUUUUAUCUUCGUUAUGCUAAUUGUGUAUGCUAUAGGUGAGUGGAAUGCCUACAUUUUGCCUUCCUGUCGAAGAUGUUGUCGGAUUUGAUUAUCAACUGCAAAUGGUCAUUGUUAAUAAAUGGAUUGAGCUUGAUUAUUGAAAAAUGCUAAAUUGAUUAUUUCUUAAUUUCUUGUGAAGAUUUUGAAAUAUAUUUUGUGCUUGAUUGUUAUGUCACAAUAUGUCACAAUUUAUUUGAUUGUGAUGAAAUAUUUUUGAAAUAUGCUUGCUCUUGUGUUUACUUGACUUAUUUUUUGAUUUGUGAUUUUAAUUUGAUGUAUGAUUAGCUAAUUUAUCUUAACUAAAAUAUAUUAUUGGCUCAUCUAUUGUUCAUGUCGUGUGCUUAUAUGAAUAUGAUUGAGCUUUACUUGACAUGAUUGCAACAUGGAUUAAGUAAGUGAUUUUCUUAUAAUUCUUAUGUUUGUCUUAAAUCAUUGUUGAUUAUGGCCUAUAAUUUGUAUAGAUAUAUUUAUGCUUUUGUGGUGAGAUUUUCUUGAUUAUGUUUUUUUUUUAGUUUUUUUAAUUUUAUAAGGCCUUACUUAGUUUUGACAUAUUUCUUGAUGAUUUAUUGAAUAUAUAUGAAUAUUGAAUAUGUCCAUUUUGUGUUUAUGAAUAAUAAAAAAAGUUUGAUUUUUGCAUAUUACAUGAGAAUUUUAACUUUAGUAACAAUAUUGUGAUAUAUAAUGUUUAACUUGAUACAUGGUUUUUAGUAAGUUUAUAUACACACACAUAUAUCUCCUUUCUAAAUGAAAAUUUGGGUUUAGUGAAUAAAGUUCAUUUGUUUAUAAUGAUUUAGACUAUGGAAUUUAUUUUGAACAAUUGAUAUAAUUUUUAUCAAUUGAUUUUCUUGAUGUUUCUAAUGAAAAUUUUUUG